UUUGGUCUUUCACUUCACUGUACUUUCAAUAUGAACAUAUUCCAGAGUUGUCGAUUUGUUAUGGUAUGUUUUGGUUUGACUGCUAUGAUCCAAGCCAAAAGUACAUAUGUGGCUUUUUAUGCAACUUUAACAAAAAAUCAAUUUCUAAGAGGUACAAAAACAGUGGUAUAUGAUAACGUGUACACCAAUCUAGGCUCUAGUUAUAACAACAUUGAUGGUACAUUUACAGCUCCAGAAAAAGGACUUUAUUAUUUAACUGCAACUUUGAUGUCAUUGCACACCAAGGACUUGCAUAUUUUCAUGAUGAAAAAUAAGAAUGUAAUUGGUUAUGGUCAUGGUGCACGAGGAGGAGCUGAAAUGGGUUCAGUAAACGCUGUUAUUGAAUUAGGAAAAGGAGAUGUUGUUAAAAUGGUCCAUGAUGCAAGACAAGGUGAUCAAACAAUAUAUGGGGAAGGCUUCUGCUCAUUUGCUGGCUAUCUCAUCACCAACUUGUCGUCGGACAGAAAUUCAGCGGAAUACGUUGAAAUACAUCUGAAGUCUAAACUUAAAUAAAAUAUGUUUUUCUUUUCUAAUUCUUUUUCAAACAAUUUCAAGUAUACUUUUUUGAUUUAAAGUGAACUUGAAAAAUAAAUUAAUCGAUCAG